AUGUCAAUGAGCACCCAGCAGAUCGUCUUCGGCCACCACCUGAGCGAGUCCGGCAGCAAAUUCCCGACCUAUCUAUCAGCGACAAAGCACGUCGCGCAGCCGCUAUGCGGUAAUAGCGAGGGAUGGGGACCGCUCAGUCCCAUACGAUAUGACUUCACGCCGUGUUUCCUGGACAUGUGGAUCGUCGUGGUGGGAGCAUGGGGCAUUCUGGCAGGAGCAGGCGCACUGUGGUGGCUAUACAAGAAGAACACUCCGCUGCCCGUGGCGCAGAACUGGCAUUUCUACACGAAGCUGGCGGUGGUGGGCAUGAUAGCGGCUUUGACUGCGGCGCAGGCUGGACUACAAAUCUAUCUGCUUGGUGGCAAUAUCUGGUUUCAAGACUUCAGGUUCUGCACAACCGUCAUUCAGCUCAUCAGUCUGGUAGUUGUGGGAUGGGCACAAUAUGCUGAGCAUUGGCGGCUGCGCUAUCCGCAUGCUGUUGUGUUGGUGUACUGGCUGCUAUAUGUGAUCGCCCAUGCGGUGAAGCUGCGGUCUCUGGUCUCGCAGCAGACCCACAAGCUGCAUCUGGCAUACUUCGUGGUCUUCACCGUGAACAUGGCGUUGGCAGUGGCAGAGUUCAUCCUGGAAUGGCUGGUGCAGAAGAAGGUCUCAGCGUACGAGGCAUUGGGUGACGAGGACGAGUGCCCGCUGGAAUACGCAGACAUCUUCUCGAAGCUUACCUUCUCAUGGAUGACACCAAUCAUGAAGUACGGCUACAAGGAGUAUCUCACACAGGAUGACCUCUGGAACCUCCGCAAACGCGACACUACUCGUGCUACGGCCGGGGACUUCGAGGAAGCUUGGGAGCAGCAGUUGGAGAAGAAGAAGCCCAGUCUGUGGAUCGCAAUGUUCAGCGCGUUUGGAGGCCCUUACCUAUCAGGUGCUGUCAUCAAGACUAUGUCAGAUUGUCUGGCUUUUGUACAGCCACAGCUUCUACGCUUUCUGAUCUCCUUCGUGGAUUCGUACAGGCCAGGCAAUGUGCCAGAGCCACCCAUCAAGGGUGCCGCCAUUGCACUAGCCAUGUUCGUGACUUCUGUCGCUCAGACUGCCUGCUUGCACCAAUACUUCCAGCGUGCUUUUGAGACUGGCAUGAGGAUCAAGAGUGCUUUGACCGCGACCAUCUAUGCCAAGUCUAUGAGACUAAGUAACGAGGGUCGUGCAUCGAAGAGCACUGGAGAUAUCGUCAACUACAUGGCCGUGGACACUCAACGCCUUCAGGAUCUUGCACAAUACGGCCAACAACUUUGGUCGGCGCCACUGCAGAUCACGCUGUGCCUGCUCUCUCUGUAUCAGCUCGUUGGACCCAGCAUGUUUGCUGGUCUUGGUGUCAUGCUGCUCAUGAUUCCGAUCAAUGGCGCCAUUGCGAAGAUUUCCAAGACUCUGCAGAAACGCCAGAUGAAGAACAAGGACGCCAGGACACGACUCAUGACUGAGAUACUCAACAACAUGAAGUCCAUCAAGCUGUAUGCGUGGACCAUGGCAUUCAUGGACAAGCUCAAUGUCAUCCGAAACGAUCAGGAGUUACACACCCUACGCAAAAUUGGUGGCGUCACAGCUGUUGCCAACUUCACGUGGAACACGACCCCUUUCUUGGUCUCCUGCUCGACAUUUGCUGUGUUCGUAGCAACAACGGACAAGCCACUGUCUACCGAAAUCGUGUUUCCAGCCCUCACUCUGUUCAACCUGCUGGGCUUCCCGCUUGCUGUACUGCCUAUGGUCAUAACUGCCAUCAUCGAGGCUUCCGUGGCUGUCAAUCGUCUCACAAGCUUCUUUGUCGCUCCAGAGCUUCAGCCUGACGCAGUGCUACGCGGUGACUCUGUUGAAAAUGGAGAAGAAUCUGUGCGCAUUCGCGAUGCCACUUUCACCUGGAACAAAGACGAGCCGCGCAACGUUUUGCACGACAUCAGCUUCACAGCACACAAGGGCGAACUCUCUUGCAUUGUGGGUCGAGUAGGCGCUGGCAAAUCAAGUCUUAUGCAGACCAUGCUUGGUGACUUGUACAAGACCAAGGGUGAGGUCGUCAUGCGUGGUAGCGUGGCCUAUGUUGCGCAAAGCUCUUGGGUCAUGAAUGCCAGCGUACGCGAGAACAUUGUGUUUGGUCAUCGCUGGGAUCCGCAGUUCUACGAACGUACGAUCACCGCCUGUGCACUCAAGGACGACUUCACCAGUCUGCCCGACGGCGAUCAAACCGAAGUUGGCGAACGAGGAAUUUCACUCUCUGGUGGACAGAAAGCUCGAUUGACCUUGGCGCGUGCGGUAUAUGCCAGAGCUGACAUCUACUUGUUGGACGAUGUCCUCAGUGCUGUCGAUCAACAUGUCGGCAGGCACCUCAUCGACAAUGUGCUUGGUCCAAAAGGUCUGCUCGCGGGCAAGACACGGAUUCUGGCCACCAACUCUAUUCCGGUCUUGAUGGAAGCACACUUCAUUGUGCUUCUACGCGAAGGAAAGAUCAUUGAGAGAGGCACAUACGAGCAGCUCAUUGCUAUGAAAGGAGAGAUUGCGCAGUUGAUCAAGACUUCAACCAAUGAAGAUCAGAUGGAGGAGACGAGCGAUGCCACUAGCCCUUCGUCACAGAGCACUGUCUACGUUCCUGAAAAUCCUGAAGACCCCGAGGAGAUGGACGAAGCUGAAGAUGGCCUGACACAGCUCGCACCCAUAAAACCAAAUGGCGGUGCUCCGGCCCGAAAAGAUAGCAACCUCACCCUUCGACGCGCCUCAACAGUCUCGUUCCGCGGGCCGCGCGGCAAGGCGAAUGACGAAGAGGAGAACAAAGGCAACAUGAAGUCGAAGCAGAGUAAGGAGUUCUCUGAGCAGGGCAAAGUCAAAUGGGACGUCUACAAGGAGUACGCAAAGACGAGCAACAUCUGGGCGGUUUCCAUAUAUCUUUUGACCCUGAUUGCCGCCAAAACGGGAGAAAUCGGGGGAAGCGUCUGGCUCAAAGAAUGGUCAGAAAUCAACGAUGUCGCCGGCGGAAACCCGGACGUUGUGAAGUACAUUCUGAUCUAUUUCGCAUUCGGCAUCGGAAGCGCCGCGCUGGUUGUGAUGCAGACUUUGAUACUGUGGAUUUUCUGCUCGAUCGAGGCUUCACGAAAACUCCACGAGAGAAUGGCGUAUGCGAUCUUCCGAUCGCCUAUGAGCUUCUUCGAAACCACGCCCAGCGGAAGGAUAUUGAAUCGAUUCUCAAGUGACAUCUACCGUAUCGAUGAAGUACUCGCGCGCACCUUCAACAUGCUGUUUGUCAACGCAGCUCGAGCGAUGUUUACACUCGUGGUUAUCUCUGCGUCGACCCCGGCCUUUAUUGCACUCAUCGUCCCGCUUGGCGCGCUGUACCUCUGGAUCCAGAAAUACUACCUCCGAACGUCGCGUGAGCUGAAACGCCUCGACAGUAUCAGUCGCAGCCCUAUUUACGCCCACUUUCAGGAGUCGCUUAGCGGAAUCAGUACCAUACGAGCCUAUCGUCAGACUAAGCGCUUCUCUCUCGAAAACGAGUGGCGCGUAGACGCCAACCUCCGGGCCUACUUCCCUUCCAUUAGCGCCAACAGAUGGCUUGCAGUUCGGCUGGAGUUUCUCGGCUCGGUCAUCAUUCUUGCAGCGGCUGGGUUUGCGAUCGUAUCGGUAACGACCGGCAGCGGCCUUUCUGCUGGCUUGAUCGGUCUAGCAAUGAGCUAUGCACUGCAAAUCACGCAGUCGCUGAACUGGAUCGUUAGGCAGACUGUCGAAGUUGAAACCAACAUCGUAUCUGUAGAACGUGUCUUAGAGUAUUCCAGGCUUCCUAGCGAGGCGCCUGAGGUGAUCUCCAAGAACCGCCCACCAAACAGCUGGCCAUCGAAGGGCGCGGUGUCUUUCAACAACUACAGCACGAGAUACCGAUCAGGCCUUGAUACGGUGCUGAAGAACGUCAGCCUUAGCAUCAAAUCCCACGAAAAGAUUGGCGUGGUUGGUCGGACCGGCGCCGGCAAGUCUUCACUGACAUUGGCACUGUUUCGGAUCAUAGAGCCGACUGAGGGAGACGUCACUAUCGACGGCGUCAGCACAAGCUCAAUCGGCCUACUGGAUCUGAGGAGCCGGUUGGCUAUCAUUCCUCAAGACGCAGCCCUGUUCGAAGGUACCGUCAGAGACAAUCUGGAUCCAGGCCACAUCCACGAUGACACAGAGCUGUGGAGUGUUCUCGACCACGCCCGUCUCCGCGACCACGUCGCCUCGAUGACAGGAGGACUCGACGCCACUAUCCACGAAGGAGGCUCUAACCUGUCUCAAGGCCAAAGACAGCUAGUGUCACUGGCCCGGGCUCUACUGACACCUAGCAAUAUCCUUGUGCUUGAUGAAGCUACUGCUGCCGUCGACGUUGAGACAGACGCGAUGCUGCAGACGACUCUUCGUAGCAACAUGUUCAAGGAUCGCACUAUCAUAACGAUUGCGCAUCGCAUCAACACCAUCCUUGACAGCGAUCGAAUAGUGGUGCUGGACCAUGGUACGGUACAGGAGUUCGACACUCCAUCAAACCUCGUUACGAGCAGAGGUCUGUUCUACGAGCUUGUCAGGGAGAGUGGUCUUCUUAGCCAGUUCGAUACGCCACCAGGCAGUGCACGAUAG